GCCAUGGGUGCGGAGCGCAGGGGGGAGGCGGCGGCGCCCCGCGGCGGCUGCGCCUGCGGCGGCGGCAGCUGGCGGCUCUUCCUCGGCUUCUUCGCGCUGUCGCUGGCGCUGCACGUCCUGACGCUGGGCUGCUACCUGGAGCUGCGCUCCGAGCUCCGCCGCGACCGCGGCCCGCAGCCCGCCGCCCCGCCGCGUCGGGACGGCACGGCGGCAGCGCCGGGCUCCCCGGCCACCGGCCGCCCGCAGCGGCCCGCCGAGGGCGCGGAGCGGCGCCAGCAGCUGGCCUUGAUGAACUUCUUUCACCCUGAAGAAAAGCUGCACGUUGGAGAAGAAGGUAGACGCGUCCGUCGAAAUAAAAGGAGUAAAGGCAGCGAAGGGCCAGACGGUCCAAGUUCAGUUAAAAACAAGAAGAAGGGUAAGAAGGCUGGUCCUCCAGGGCCCAACGGUCCCCAAGGGCCACCAGGUCCUCCUGGGCCCCAGGGCCCCCCCGGCAUUCCCGGCAUCCCGGGGAUUCCUGGCACAACCGUCAUGGGACCGCCCGGCCCCCCUGGCCCGCCGGGCCCUCAGGGACCACCGGGACUGCAGGGCCCCUCAGGUGCCACAGACAAGGCCGGCUCCAGAGACACCCAGCCAGCUGUGGUCCACCUCCAAGGCCAAGGCUCAGCAAUCCAAGUGAAGAAUGAUCUUUCAGGUGGAGUCCUCAAUGACUGGUCUCGCAUCACUAUGAACCCCAAGGUGUUUAAGCUGCAUGCCCGCAGUGGGGAGCUGGAGGUACUGGUGGACGGCACAUACUUCAUCUAUAGUCAGGUAGAAGUAUACUACAUAAACUUCACAGAUUUUGCCAGCUAUGAGGUGGUGGUGGAUGAAAAGCCCUUUCUGCAAUGCACUCGGAGUAUUGAGACCGGCAAGACCAACUUCAAUACCUGCUAUACAGCUGGGGUCUGCCUCCUCAAAGCCAGGCAGAAGAUUGCUGUGAAAAUGGUCCAUGCUGACAUCUCCAUCAACAUGAGCAAGCACACAACUUUCUUUGGGGCCAUACGCCUAGGAGAUGCACCAGCAUCCUAGAUGAACUUGGCAUAUCCAAGGAUACUCACAGAACUGCACAGUGCUGCUGUUCAUAAGCGUAUCAGUAUUUCAGGGGGUUCUGUAAUCCGGCCAUAAAGAAAACUGAUCCAGAGCUAUUUAUUCCUAUAUGUGAAUGCAGGAAGCACAAUUGUCUUCUGUGACUUGCAUGGAGACUUGGAUCAAAAAGCUAGUUGAAAAAGCGUUGUGAGGAAGAAAGGCUGUUGUGUCUGCCUUGUCUCAGUAUUUCAAGUAUUACUGCACUGAUACUCUGCUCUGUGAUCUUCACACGAGGCUUGUUGAGAGUGGUGUGGGUCUCUGCUUUUAUGUUGCACUAGCAAGAGCAUCCCAGGCGGUAGCGGGAGAAGACAGACUAAUGUCAGAAUUGUCCCAUCCAGGCACUCCUGCUUCUGCACGCUAACGAAAGCAAGAAAGGGGGUUUCUGGGUUUCUGCCUUCCCAGUUCGAACUGGAACGGCCGCGGGGUGCCAAGGGAGGUGAAUAUGACAGGGUCAGUGGUGUUUACAUUCAUCCUCAGGAGCGCGAGCAAAGAAGGCGAAGUGCCUCUCCCUAGAGCUGGGAAGCAGGCUGCAAAAGCAGUAAGUGCGAGGGGAAGGUGAAUACUUAAUAGAGCAGGCUUAGCAGAUAGGAGACUGCCUCCACAUUCCAGAAAUCACAAAGUCCCAAAGAAAAUGCCGAUUACCGGUUCCAGAGCCUUUGCUACUUUCAGCUCCUGCCAUUACCCCAGAGGUAUACCUUGCCCUAACGGGGGCUGCCUUAAAGUACUGCUGCUGUUACAGCAAUUUGUGUUUUGUUGGGGGUUUUUUUGUCUUUUUAAUUAAUAUUUUGCAAACCAGAACACAUUUCUACAGGCUUCACCGAGCCGCGUAGAGCAGACACAAGUAAUUGUGAAAACACUCUGAAGAAGUUUGUCAUGUUUAAGAAUAAAAUUAUUCAAACAGGAAAUUUUUUUUUUUCUGUUUUAAUAGCAACUGUCCUGCUUUUAGAUGUGGUUUUUAUCCUUUCUCCCCCCACCCCUUUCCUUUUGGCACCCUUCUACCUAAAAUGCUCUAAUAAGUGGUGAUGGAGUCUCUAGCAAAAAAAAUUUGUAUUUAAAACGUCUGGUCCAGCAUGAAGUCACCACUUUUUCUUUUCUCUGAGCCCUGCUGAGUCUAGUCGUAACUCGAUUUCUGGUGACUAAUAGAAGAGCUGGGACGCUAUUGUUUCUUUUGGCUUCUUGAGCAACUCUCUCCCGUUACCUCCCCUCAACUGGGGAGAUCUAAA